AUACAUAUAUACCUUUCAACUUUCUCUCUUAAAGACACAUAUUACCAUAUUGUGUGAGGGACACCCCAGGUUAAUAAGGAGCUUGAGUUGAGAUGGAAAUUGCUAAAGAGAAUGGUUUCCAACUUAGUGUGAAGCUAAGUGAACCAACUUUAGUUCCUCCUGCAGAAGAAACAAAGAAGGGGUUGUAUUUCCUAUCUAACCUUGACCAGAACAUUGCAGUGAUUGUGAGAACUGUUUAUUGCUUCAAAACGGCUGAGAGAGGGAACGAGAAAGCUGGGGAAAUGAUCAAGAAUGCAUUGAAGAAAGUUCUUGUGCAUUAUUACCCUCUGGCUGGGAGGCUGAAUAUUAGCUCAGAAGGGAAACUCAUAGUGGAGUGCACAGGUGAGGGUGCACUUUUUGUAGAAGCUGAAGCAAACUGUUCAAUGGAAGAGAUUGGUGACAUCACAAAGCCAGACCCUGGAACUCUUGGAAUGCUUGUUUAUGACAUUCCUGGUGCAAAACACAUUCUUCAGAUGCCUCCUUUGGUGGCCCAGGUGACCAAAUUUAAAUGUGGAGGCUUUGCUCUUGGGCUGUGCAUGAAUCACUGUAUGUUUGAUGGCAUUGGUGCAAUGGAGUUUGUGAACUCUUGGGGUGAAGUAGCCAGAGACAUGCCUCUCUCAAUCCCUCCAAUACUAGACAGAAGCAUACUCAAGGCACGAAACCCACCAAAGAUAGAGCAUCUACACCAAGAAUUUGCUGACAUUGAAGACAAGUCCAACACCAAUAGCUUGUAUGAAGAUGAGAUGGUUUACAGGUCCUUCUGUUUUGAUCCUGAGAAACUAAAGCAACUGAAGAUGAAAGCCAUGGAAGAUGGUGCUCUUGACACUUGCACAACAUUUGAAGUCCUCUCAGCAUUUGUAUGGAUAGCUAGAACCAAAGCACUGAAAAUGUUGCCAGAUCAGCGAACAAAGCUUCUUUUUGCUGUUGAUGGGAGGGCUAAGUUCAACCCUUCUCUUCCAAAAGGGUAUUGUGGCAAUGGAAUUGUGCUAACAAAUUCUGUGUGUCAAGCUGGUGAGCUAACAGAGAAGCCCUUCUCAUUUGCUGUGAGUCUCAUUCAAGAUGCAAUCAAAAUGGUCACAGACAGUUACAUGAAAUCAGCUAUAGACUAUUUUGAGGUAACAAGGGCAAGGCCUUCUCUAGCAUGCACCCUUCUCAUCACAACUUGGUCAAGGCUUUCUUUUCAUACCACUGAUUUUGGAUGGGGAGAGCCUGUGCUGUCAGGUCCUGUGUCAUUGCCAGAGAAGGAAGUGAUUUUGUUCCUUUCUCAUGGCCAAGAGAGGAGAAACAUCAAUGUGCUUCUGGGGUUGCCAGCUCCUGUCAUGAAGAUUUUCCAAGAUUUGAUGCAGAUAUAG